UUAGCUCUUCUCAGAUCGAUGAGAUCAGAGUGUUGCUUGCAUAUUUGAUCGAUCUAGUUUUGAGUGUGCAAUACCAAAACUUAAAACUUCAUACAUAUUCUUACCAUCCAGCAAAUUCAAUUCAAGAUUUGAAUUAUUGAGAGAUAGAUGGCUUUUGUUGCUUUAACUUCUCUCAUUAAAACCAUUAUCCAGAUUCAGUCUCUCCGUGAUCGAGUAGGAUCCUUCUCUUUCUUUGAAAACCUUUCUACUUUUGAAGCCCUCCUUCUCCAGUUGGAAUCCAGUCGUAAUGGUGAUGGUGAUACAGUACUGAAAUUGAGAGAUUUAGAAAUGGAAAUCAGAGAGUUUGCACUCAAAGCUGAAGAUAACAUUGAACAACACCUUAGCAACUUCCUUCUCGCUCAUCAACACGGAGGAGAAAAAGCUGCAGCUUCCCAUCAACUCCUCCUCCAUCAAACUUUGCAAGAAGCUGCAAAAUAUGCAACGCGCCUGCAAAAUAUCCAUCAAGAGUUGUUGAACAUAAUCAAAAGUAGAAGCAGCAAUGAAGUUGAUGAGGCAAAUCUAACUACUCAACCAUCAAAUGCUUGGUUAAGACAUGCUAGCGCUGCGAAUGUUGAUUCUGAUGGCAGAAUGGUUGGCCGUCACAAUGAUUGUAGAGUCAUAAAGGACCAACUCUUUUCUCCCUCUUUUGACAUACCAGGUAUAAUCUCAAUUGUUGGAAUGGUGGGUAUUGGAAAGACGACUGUAGCAAGAAAUGUGUAUGAAGAUCCAUCAGUUGCAUCACAUUUUGAUGUAAGAGGUUGGGUUACUAUGCCUUCUCAACACUACAAUAUGAGCGCAAUGCUAAGCCAACUUCUUCACUCAAUUACACCAGUAGAAGAGUCAAGUGUAAUUAAAAAGGGAAGCACUCCUCAUGAACUAGCAAUGCAGGUACGCAAAUGCUUUAGUGGUAAGAAGUAUCUAAUUGUUUUGGACAACAUUAUGAUCAAGCGAACUUGGGACCAAGCUUUGAAUGACAUCAUAGGGUGUGUUUCUAAUGGAUUAUUUGGAAGUCACAUACUACUAACCACUAGAGACUACAUCAACCUAGAUGUCCAAAGGAUAAGAUAUAUCCAUAUCCAUAAAAUGACUUUGCUAGAUCCAAAAGAAAGCUGGGAACUAUUUUGUAAUAUCCUUUCUAUUGAAGAAGAGAACUUGGCCCCUAAAUUUGAAAAAAUUAAGAAUCAUGUUGUGGAGAAAUGUGAUGGAUUACCCCAAUUAAUUGUUGAAGUUGCCAGGCGUUUAUCUAAAUGCAACAACAUACAACAAGGGUGGAAAAAGAUUGAAAAGGAAUUAGAGUCAUUGGGACUUCUAGAUCGCAGUGCACUCAGUGUUAGUUACAAUAUGUUGCCACAUCAUUUGAAAGUUUUCUUUCUAUACUUUGGAGUCUUCCCAAAACGUAAAAAAAUUCGGGUUAAAAUGCUUAUAAGGUUGUGGAUUGCCGAGGGAUUUGUGAAGCUAUUGAAACAUAAGGAGUUAGAAGAUGAAGCUUAUGACUACUUACAAGAGCUUACUGAGAGAAGUCUUCUCUUAAUUGAAGAUCGAAGUUGUAACGGAAAAAUAAAGACUUCUAGAAUGCACAGUGCCUUACAUAGCUUCGUCGUAGGAGAAGCUCAAAAAAGAGGUAUUUUAUGUGCAGUAAAUACUCAGCAACAUUCAGAAUUAUCAUUAAAAGCAUUUACAAAUUCCCGUCGUUGGCUAAGUUCUUACUCACACAGUUUUGACUAUUAUGUGCUCUUUGGUACGAACAUCCCUCGCUCCAUUUGCUUCUUUCUUGAAAAUCCUGAAAUGUUUGUUCCUCCCAAGCUGUUAAGAGUGUUGGCUUUUGAUACUUCUAUAUCACUUCAAAGAGUGCCAGUGCAAUUAGGAGGUUUAGUUUUUCUGAGAUACCUAUCCAUAACACAAUGGUUUCAGGAUCUGGAUGAUGUAGUGUCAAAUAAUCCAAAUUUAGAGACACUUGUUGUUUCCAGUAAUGGAGCACCAACAGUCAUUUGCCAUCUAGUAUUUGGAUGCCACCAAAUUUAA